AUGUCCAUCCGCCACGCCGCCCAGCGGCUCUCUCGCUACUCGCAACCGCCAUUACCACUAGCCCCCACACACUUUCUCGGCCUCAGAGCUUCUGCGCCCCGCGCAGCAUUCAUACCCCCGCCAAUUGCAGCAUUGACCCCACCAUGGCCGGCGCAGAGUGGUCAGAGACAGUUCCAUGCGGCGCCCCGUAUGCCCAAGGACCACCACUUUGAUACGCUCAAGUUCGUGCAGAGACUCCAGGAGGAGGGGUUCUCGGAGGAGCAGAGUGUGGCGCUGAUGAGGGCGCUCAGUGACGUUAUUGAGGAGAGCAUCCAGAACCUCACCCGCACCAUGGUCCUCAAGGAGGACCAAGAAAAGAUAACCUACACCCAAAAAGUCGAUUUCGCCAAACUGCGCUCCGAGCUCACCUCCGUACACUCCGGCGAACUCAAGCCCCUGCGCAGCGAUCAAGAGCGGCUCACCUCCGAGAUCUCGCGGCUGAACGCCCGGCUGCGCGAAGAGAUGCAGCGCGCGCAGAGCUCGGUGCGGCUGGACCUGAACCUCGAGAAGGGGCGGAUCCGCGAGGAGAGUAGCGUGCACGAGCUGAAGAUCAAAGAGACGGACAGCCGCAUCGAGAAGGAGGUGGGCGAUCUGCGCGGCCUGCUGGAGAGCGUCAAGUUUAGCACGUUGCAGUGGUUGAUUGGUGUUUGUACGGGCACGGCGGCGCUGCUGUUGGGUGUGUGGAGGUUGUUGAUGUAG